AUGUCACCAGCCAUAACGUUUGCCGGUAAAAUCCCGGCAAUCAUCGUGUUUGGCGACUCAUCCGUUGAUGCCGGGAACAACAAUUAUAUCCCAACGGUGGCAAGAAGCAACUUUGAGCCAUAUGGACGGGACUUUGUUGGUGGGAAGCCAACCGGGAGAUUCUGCAAUGGAAAGAUUGCGACCGAUUUUAUGUCGGAAGCCAUAGGGCUAAAACCUAUAAUUCCGGCAUACUUGGAUCCUUCUUAUAACAUUUCAGAUUUUGCAACAGGUGUCACCUUUGCUUCCGCUGCCACAGGCUAUGACAACGCCACUUCUGAUGUUCUGUCAGUACUACCUCUAUGGAAACAACUCGAAUACUACAAAGAAUACCAAACAAAGCUUAAAGCAUACCAAGGAAAAGACCGAGCCACCGAGACAAUAAAUGACUCUCUCUACCUCAUAAGCAUCGGAACAAACGAUUUCCUCGAGAACUACUUCGUCUUUCCUGGCGGCCGUUCUUCUCAGUACUCGGUCGGUUUUUACCAAGAUUUUCUAGCUGGAAUCGCCAAAGACUUUGUGAAGAAGUUGCAUGAACUUGGUGCUAGGAAGAUCUCACUAGGUGGACUACCUCCAAUGGGAUGCAUGCCUUUGGAGAGAGCCACCAACAUUGGCACGGGAGGUGAGUGCGUUGGACGCUUCAACGACAUUGCGGUCCAGUUCAACGGAAAGCUUGAGAAGCUUGUUGAGAAGCUGAGCAAAGAGCUUCCUGGUUCCGUGCUCGUUUUCUCAAAUCCCUAUGAACCGUUUAUGCAAAUCAUCAAGAAACCUUCCUCUUUUGGGUUCGAGGUUGCGGCAGCGGCUUGCUGCGCAACGGGGAUGUUCGAGAUGGGAUAUAGUUGCCAAAGGAAUAACCCAUUCACAUGUAGCAACGCAGACAAGUAUGUGUUUUGGGACUCAUUUCAUCCAACACAAAAGACUCAUCGCAUCAUGGCCAAUUUUCUCAUGAACAGCACAUUUUCUCACUUCUUCUAA